GGGCUGUUGCAGAGCGCGUACUGCGAGCCAGGGAGCGCGAGCGCUGCGCGCCGGCCAGCGAACACAAGAGCGCACGGCGUCCCAGGCUGGCAGUCGCUGCGGGACCCCCCAAACCCACCCUCUCAGGCCGCCCCUCCCCGGGUGCCCCUGCCCUACGUGCCUGCAGGAGCCCCUGGGCUUCCCCGGAGAAGCUCACCCCGAGAGACCCCGACCUCGGCAAGCCCGCCACCUUUCUUUCCAGCGCCGCCGCCGCCACCACCGCAGCAGCCGGAGCAGCAUGGUCCAGCUGGGGAAGCUGCUCCGCAUCCUGACUUUGAUGAAGUUCCCCUGCUGCGUGUUGGAGGUGCUUUUGUGCGCGCUGGCGGCGGCGGCGCGCGGCCAGGAGAUGUACGCCCCGCACUCGAUCCGGAUUGAGGGGGACGUCACCCUCGGGGGGUUGUUUCCCGUGCACGCCAAGGGUCCCAGUGGAGUGCCCUGCGGUGACAUCAAGAGGGAAAACGGGAUCCACAGGCUGGAAGCGAUGCUCUACGCCUUGGACCAGAUCAACAGUGAUCCCAACCUGCUGCCCAACGUGACACUAGGCGCGCGGAUCCUGGACACUUGUUCCAGGGACACUUACGCGCUCGAGCAGUCCCUCACUUUCGUCCAAGCGCUCAUCCAAAAGGACACCUCCGACGUGCGCUGCACCAACGGCGAGCCCCCGGUCUUCGUCAAGCCGGAGAAAGUAGUUGGAGUGAUUGGGGCUUCGGGGAGUUCGGUCUCCAUCAUGGUAGCCAACAUCCUGAGGCUUUUCCAGAUCCCCCAGAUUAGUUAUGCAUCAACAGCACCUGAGCUAAGUGACGAUCGACGCUAUGACUUCUUCUCCCGUGUGGUACCACCUGAUUCCUUCCAAGCACAGGCCAUGGUAGACAUUGUAAAGGCCCUAGGCUGGAAUUAUGUGUCUACUCUUGCAUCUGAAGGAAGUUACGGAGAGAAAGGUGUGGAAUCCUUCACACAGAUUUCCAAAGAGGCAGGUGGGCUCUGCAUUGCCCAGUCCGUGAGAAUCCCCCAAGAGCGCAAAGACAGGACCAUUGACUUUGAUAGAAUUAUCAAACAGCUCCUGGACACCCCCAACUCCAGGGCCGUCGUGAUUUUUGCCAACGAUGAGGAUAUCAAGCAGAUCCUUGCAGCAGCAAAAAGAGCAGAUCAAGUGGGCCAUUUUCUUUGGGUGGGAUCAGACAGCUGGGGAUCCAAAAUUAACCCACUGCACCAGCAUGCAGAUAUUGCAGAAGGCGCCAUCACCAUUCAACCCAAGAGAGCAACGGUCGAAGGGUUUGAUGCCUACUUUACAUCCCGCACACUUGAAAACAACAGAAGAAAUGUAUGGUUUGCUGAAUAUUGGGAAGAAAAUUUCAAUUGCAAGUUGACAAUUAGUGGGUCAAAAAAAGAAGACACAGAUCGCAAAUGCACAGGGCAGGAGAGAAUUGGAAAAGACUCCAACUAUGAGCAGGAGGGGAAGGUUCAGUUCGUCAUAGAUGCUGUCUAUGCUAUGGCUCACGCCCUUCAUCACAUGAACAAAGAUCUCUGUGCUGACUACCGGGGUGUCUGUCCGGAGAUGGAACAAGCUGGGGGCAAGAAGUUGUUGAAGUAUAUUCGUAAUGUUAACUUCAAUGGUAGCGCUGGAACCCCAGUCAUGUUUAACAAGAAUGGGGAUGCACCGGGACGUUAUGACAUCUUUCAGUACCAGACAACAAACACCAGUAACCCUGGUUACCGCCUGAUUGGACAGUGGACAGAUGAACUUCAACUCAAUAUAGAGGACAUGCAGUGGGGUAAAGGGGUCAGGGAGAUCCCCUCCUCUGUGUGCACACUACCAUGUAAGCCUGGUCAAAGGAAGAAGACACAGAAGGGCACCCCAUGUUGCUGGACCUGUGAGCCCUGUGAUGGGUACCAGUACCAGUUUGAUGAGAUGACCUGUCAGCACUGCCCAUAUGACCAGCGGCCCAAUGAAAACCGAACAGGCUGCCAAGACAUCCCCAUAAUAAAACUUGAGUGGCAUUCCCCUUGGGCUGUCAUCCCAGUCUUCCUGGCAAUGUUGGGCAUCGUUGCCACCAUCUUUGUCAUGGCCACGUUCAUCCGCUACAAUGACACGCCUAUUGUCCGGGCUUCUGGAAGGGAGCUCAGCUAUGUUCUGUUGACGGGCAUCUUCCUUUGCUACAUUAUCACUUUCCUCAUGAUUGCCAAGCCAGAUGUUGCAGUGUGUUCUUUUCGGCGAGUUUUCCUGGGCUUGGGGAUGUGCAUCAGUUAUGCAGCCCUUUUGACAAAAACCAAUCGGAUUUACCGCAUAUUUGAGCAGGGCAAGAAAUCAGUGACUGCUCCCAGACUCAUAAGCCCAACAUCACAGCUGGCGAUCACUUCCAGUUUGAUAUCCGUUCAGCUUUUAGGUGUUUUCAUUUGGUUUGGUGUUGACCCUCCCAACAUUAUCAUAGACUAUGAUGAACACAAGACGAUGAAUCCUGAGCAGGCCAGAGGAGUUCUCAAAUGUGACAUUUCAGAUCUUCAAAUCAUUUGCUCCUUGGGAUAUAGCAUUCUUCUCAUGGUCACAUGUACUGUGUAUGCCAUCAAGACUCGGGGUGUCCCAGAAAAUUUCAAUGAAGCCAAGCCCAUUGGAUUUACUAUGUACACAACAUGUAUAGUAUGGCUAGCCUUCAUUCCAAUUUUUUUUGGCACUGCUCAGUCAGCGGAAAAGCUCUACAUACAAACUACCACGCUUACAAUCUCCAUGAACCUAAGUGCGUCCGUGGCUCUGGGGAUGCUAUAUAUGCCGAAAGUGUACAUCAUCAUUUUCCACCCCGAACUCAAUGUCCAGAAGCGGAAGCGAAGCUUCAAGGCGGUAGUCACAGCAGCCACCAUGUCAUCGCGACUGUCACACAAACCCAGUGACAGACCUAAUGGUGAAGCCAAGACAGAACUGUGUGAAAAUGUAGAUCCAAACAACUGUGUACCACCCGUAAGAAAGAGUGUACAAAAGUCUGUUACUUGGUACACUAUUCCACCAACAGUAUAGCUUUUGCCUGCUUUCCUAAAGGCCCUGCUGCAAAAAAGAAGUAUGUCAGUUACAACAACCUGGUUAUUUAACCUGGUCCAUCCCAUGGAACCAUGGAGGAGGACAACCUUCAACUAUUCUGUCACCCCACUUGGCAUAGGACUCUUUUGGUCCUGCCCAGUUACCAUCACUGGAGGAGUUUCCCCAGUUGGGCAGUUACUGGAGACCAAUGUUAGAGGAUCCAAGUGUCCUACACAGCUGCUUUAUGAAAUAUCCUUACUUAUCUUGGCUUAAUAAGUCACUGGCAUCAGCACUGCCAAAUCGGCUGCAAUUUUGGACCUUCCCUGCCCAAGGGAGUGUUGAGACUCAAGUCCCACUCUGGCUCUUUGGGAUGAACCACCGGAGAGCCACGGUGACCGUGUUGGGGCUGAUUUGUCUUUCUAUGUAUGUACUUCCAGGCUGCAAGGUUUUGAAAUUUUCUGUACAGUUUGUGAGGAUUCUUGCAUUUUGCCAUCUGGUGUCGUACCUCAGUUUACUGUCUGUUUUCGAAUGCCCUGUUUUCAUAGAGCCCUAUUCUUUCAGAUGGUGGACUAUUUGGAGAAAAUAAAUAAAAAUUUUAAAAGAACUUGGCAGACAAAAAACGCAAAGCAAAAUACACACACAUCUGUACGUCACCAUAGAGUUAUGAUUAUAAUUCCACUGCAAAUCAUGCUAUUUUUUUUUUUUAACGACAAAAAAAAAAAAGAUGUUUAAAGACCAAAAACUGUGCUGAGAAAGUUUGCCCCACCUAUCUUUGGUAGAUAAAUGAUAGGUUACAAAACAGGACAAUACUGGCUGAACUGAAUAGAGGUCUUGAUGUUUGGAAUGCAUGCCUGUAUUGUAUUUUACAGUACAUGUUAAUCCUUUAUGUUCAAUAUUUGUAUUUGUGUUCUCUUUUGUUAUUUUAGUUAGGGUAUAUGGCUAUUUUGCAAUAAUUUUAAUAAUUAUUAAGCUAUCUGAAGAAAAGAAUAUGGAUUUCUCAUGUCUUGAGGUUUUGUUCAUGCCCCCUAUGACUGACCAGUGUGAUAAGGACUUUAAAAAAAAAAAAAAAAAAAAAAAGCAUGUAUGUUUUCUACUGUUUGUAAUAAGUACUUUCGUUAAUCUUGCUGCUUAUGUGCCAAUUUAGUGGUAAAAAGAAAAAAGGCCCUUGCUGAAAACUCCCCCUUUCCAUUCUCUUUCAAUUCUGUGAUAUUGUCUAAGAAUAUAUCAAUAAAAUACUUUGGUUAACUUUUU